AUGCCUACCUGGCUACCCUCCUUUAAAGCAAUCCUCACCUUAACGCUUGCAACCUUUACAAGCGCGGACUUCGGCCCCCGAAACCAAUCCACCGAGCACAACACCGGCCUCCUUGGUACCUUUCCGACGGAAACUUACCGCUCCUCGCCUUUAAUCGGUCCAUCCCUGAAUUAUAUCCAGGACAGUCUGCUCUGCCACGAUGAGCUGUAUACAUUGCUUGCACUGCGGGGAAGUGAUGUGCGGACUCCGGGGCCGAUGAUAAUUGAUAGUGAUGGGCAUUUGGUCUGGACGAACAUUGGGUAUGGGAAUACGCAUGCGGUUGGGGUGUAUGAGUUCAAGGGACAUAGGUAUUUGGGGUUCGGGGUGGAGGAUAAUGGAUUGAAGGGGUUUGGAGAUGGGGUAUAUUAUCUGCUCGACUCAUCUUACGAAAAAGCGUAUACGAUCAAAGGCGCCAAUGGAUUCCCCGUGGGCCUACGUGAAUUCCAUAUCACCCGCGAUGAGACCGCAGUCAUCGCGACAUACAAGAUCAAAACCGCUGAUUUACGGUUCGUUGGCGGCCCCCAAGACGGUCGAAUCUACGAUAGCAUCGUACAAGAAAUCAACAUCGAGACUGGUAAACUGCUCUUCCAAUGGCGGGCUUCAGAACAUGUUGAUAUCACCCAAGUACCGCGUACCCUGGACACGGAAGCAGGAACAUAUGUCGACCACCAAGGGCAGCAAGCGUGGGAUUUCUUCCGCAUCAACAGCAUAGACAAGGACAGCAAGGGCAAUUUUCUCGUUUCGUCUUCUUCAACAAAUACGUUGAGCUACAUUGACGGGAGGACUAAAAAGAUCCUCUGGAAUUUGGGUGGUCAAAACAACAGCUUCAACGACCUGUCCGGUGGUAUAGCAACCCAAUUCAGCGGCCAACACCAUGCACGCUUCCAUAAUGAUAAUACAAUCACUUUAUUUGACAACAAUGCCAAUACCGUUAACGGUCCCAGUCAAGGCCUCUACCUCACCCUCGACUACGACCAAAUGACCGUCUCCCUCCUUCACACCUACGCACCACCAACUGACCUCAACAGCUCAUCAGGCGGCUCCCUCCAACUCCUCCCAACGGGCAACAUCCUCCAAAGCUACGGCCAAAUCCCCGCGUGGACCGAAUUCAGCAUCAACGGCGACAUCCUCUGCCACGUCCAUUUCGGCGCCGCAGUAUCUUUCAAUUCAAGCAAGGUCUUCUCUGACCGCAUCGCCAAAGGCCCCUGGACUGGCCUCCCGAAAACAAGCCCCGACAUCGCACUCUACGGCUACGAAGCCGCAGUAUCUUGGAACGGUGCAACAACAGUAACAACUUACAUCCUCGAGGGAACCAACGAUUUAGAACUGGAUAUGAAACAAGCCAUCUACACUCGCGACCACCCACCCCCAACCGACUUGAAUGACAAAAACAAACCCCCGGAAUUCACAUUCCUAUCUGCAACGCCCAAAUCAGGCUUCGAAUCUAUCCUUCCCAUCCCUAACACUUUUCCCGCGGGAAGUUAUCUGCGCAUCCGCGCACUGAACAAAUACGGGCACGUUGUCGGUAUAACAAAACUCACUCACUGGGAUCCAGACGCCGGUCAACCGAUCGUUGGCAUCGGUGGCCCUGCAAUCCCAGGACCAGAUCUACGGCCGCUAGGAUAUUUCCUGGGUGGAUUCUCGAUUGCUGUUGUGCUUGCUAUGGGAGUUUGGUUAAUGAGGCGGCGGAUUGCAGCGAGGAGAGUUUACGGACAUGGGGAUAGUGAGAGGGGCGGAUAUGGGUAUGGUGGGGGUUGGGAUGAUGGAGAUGAGGAGCUUAGUGAUAGGGAGUUGAUCGAUGCGGUUGAGUUUUCGUUGCUUGGGGGGAAGGCGUUGAGGGCUAGAGGGGUUAGGGGUUUGGAGGAUAGUGACGAGAGUGAUGAAGAGAGGAAAAUCUAG